GUUUUCUUUAGGUGGUGUACUAUUUGGUGAUUGUGUGUUACGGUUUGUAUAUAAUAAUACAGUAAUAGUUAUACAACAUUAACAGCCGGCAAUUUGCAGAUGUGUGUGAAUAUACUAAAGAUGACUCAUUUCUUUAUAAUUACAAUCUUUGUGUAUAUGAACUAUCAGUACAUCAAAGCAGAGAGAACUACAAAUUUGUAUCAUACUGUGGAUUUGAAAAUGCCUGAUGUUCAACCACUGAUGAUGGAUGACUACAUUUGUACAGCAAUGGAGCUUAAUUUUGGAACAGAAUAUAUUGUUGAAUAUGAGCCACAUGCAGAAGCUUCCAGAAGUCAUCACAUGUUGUUGUUUGGAUGUUUAGACAUGAAUGAAAAUAGGCUAUACCCUAGAACAUGGAGAUGUUCUCAUUCAAACUUGUGCCCUGGUAUGAGCAUUUUGUAUGCCUGGGCCAAAAAUGCUCCGACAGUUAUCCUUCCUUCAGGUGUCGGGUUCCGUGUCGGAGCUGACACUACAGUUAAAUACCUGGUUUUACAGAUGCACUAUGCUCAUCUUCUCCCAUCUGGAAUUAAAGAUUCAAGUGGAAUUAUUCUUCAUUUAACAAAAUCUCAACAAAAAUAUAUUGGUGGGAUUCAUAUUUUGUAUUCGAAACAGGCAGCAAUUCCACCCUACCGACCAAAAUUUCAUGUAGAUGUGAAUUGCAAGUUUCAAAGUAACCAAGUAAUACACCCAUUUGCUUUCCGAGUUCACGGACAUAGUCUAGGUUUGGUGAUCAGUGGAUAUAUCUAUGAUUCACAAGCACAAACUUGGACAUUGUUAGGGAAAGGAGAUCCUCAGCAGCCUCAGUCAUUUUAUCCAACCAGUCAUCUCUUAACUGUCAAACCCGGAGACAUUCUGGCAGCAAGAUGCACCUAUAAUUCAACUGGUGUUACUAAGAAUGUAUAUAUAGGGCCUAAUUCAAGUGACGAAAUGUGCAACUUCUACAUCAUGUACUACACCAGAAUUAAAAAUGGACAAUCAUACGGUAAAUGUGUUGAUGUAGAAAUACCUGAACUUAACCAGAACCUACCUGAAGGAAACGACAUUCAGCUUCACACCGGUCUUUCCAUGGAACAAAAUAUCCCAAGAUCUGAUCCUGAAACUUUCGUCCCAUCUAUAAGUUCAUCAGACUAUUUUCAUGUUGAUAAAAAAGACCAAGUGGUUGGUCCAAGCGACCAUAGCACUCCUACAGGGGAGACUGUUAUCAGAUACGAAGUCAAUAACAACUGGCCAGCAACUAAAUUUAAGUUUGGUCAAAUCUCGGCCGUUGCUGUUGAUAACAAAGGAAGAGUUGUGGUCUUUCACAGAGGUUCUCAUAUUUGGAAUUCAUUGACUUUUGAUUUCACAAAUCAUUACCAAUUGAUAGACAGAGGUCCUAUUGAGGAAGAAGCUGUGGUGGUGUUAAAUGAAGAAACAGGCAAAAUAGAGCAUGUGUGGGGAAGCAACCUGUUCUACAUGCCACAUGGGUUAACAGUUGAUGCAAAUGGGUCAUUUUGGCUGACUGAUGUUGCCUUACAUCAGGUUUUAAAGUUCUCAUCUAAUGGAUUAAUUCAACCUAUGCUUGUAUUAGGAGAGAAGUUUAUUCCUGGAAGUGAUAAUACUCACUUCUGCAAACCAACUAGUGCUGUGGUCAGUGUUGACGGGGAUAUUUUUGUUGCUGAUGGUUACUGCAACAGUCGAAUUGUAAGAUUUACUUCAAAAGGAAAAUAUAUCAACCAAUGGGGAAGGCAUACACCUCUAGGAUCUUCUGACUUUCCUAGUUCGGCGUUCAACAUCCCCCACAAAUUGACACUUAUUCACGAUAAGGGAAUGGUGUGCGUUGCAGACAGAGAAAAUGGGAGAAUCCAGUGCUUUUCUAUUCCUGAUGGAAAGUUUAUUUUUCAACUAUCCAGGCCAGAGUUUGGAGGUCGACUGUUCUCUGUCAGUUACUCCAGUGAAAAGGGUGGUUUACUGUAUGCAGUGUGUGGCCCAGCUUUCUAUGGCCAUCACAGAGUACUUUCAUUUGUCUUCAACUUUACAAGUUUAAAGUUGCUUAGUACCUUUGCACCACCAGAAGGAACAUUUUCACAACCUCAUGACAUUGCUGUGACACCUGAUUCACAGAGUGUAUAUGUAGGUGAGAUAGGCCCAAACAAUGUGUGGAUGUUUAGCAGAGGUAAACAUAAGUCAGUUCAGAAGGCUCUACCAGAAGCUCAGCCAACAACCAGUCCAUCAUGGGAUGAUGAUGCAGCUAGAUUUAAACCUCUCACUGUUUCUUUAAUGGUUAUUGCAGUUUUGGCUGUUCCUGUCCUUAUUCUUCUGACUAUUACUAUUAUUGUAAAGCUUAGAAAACGAGGUAAAUUGAAGAAUUUUUCCUAUAACCACUUGAAGCAUUGGUGUGGAGGCUACAAAACACCUCAUUCAAAAGACAAAUUCAACAUAGGCAGUCUACUUAAUCCACAUCAGGGUUUUGAUCGAGUAGCACUUGAAGAAAGUGACUUAGAAGGUGAAGAAGGCACCGACUCAGAGGUGGAAGAAUUUGAUGCAGCUGUCAGAAGAGCUUGAAAUUAUUAUUCAAAUUCAAAAAUAAGAUGUUUUCCCUAGUUUUAGUAAGAUAAUUUAUUUCAAAUGAUAAUAUUUUGAUAAUGUUUUAUUUUA